AAUCAGUCCGCGGCGGGUUCUGAACUGCGCUGUGUGCUCUCUCAUACUCGGAGGUGUUUUAGGAAGAAUGUCGUCGUCGUUGGUGUCUGGGCUUCAGGACCGGACUGUGAUCUGGGAGACGUCAGAGCUGUCGGCGCAUCUGCACUCCUCCCCGUGGACUCCAGGGGUCGCUGUCGUCACCCAGAAGAGCUUCGGCGGCACCGCCAGCCUCUUCCACUUACCUGAGGAUGCAUUUCUGCAUCUGCUCCUGGGCGCAAGAUCCGUCGCGCACCAGCUGUGUGAGAGUCUGGCGGUGCAGCGCUGCGCUUUGGUCUAUACUCCGAACAAACAGGCCGGAGCCGAGCUCCACGUGGUGCCGCUCCACGGCCUGCAGUCGGAUUGGAAACCUCACCUCGCUGCGGAGGAGGAUUUCCAGGCGUACGAUCCCGGAUACGUCAGCUCCAAGAGCGGGCCGCGCUGGACGGAUGAGGAUCUAGACGCCAUCAGGAGCCAAAUCCGGGCUCAGCUGCCAAAGCCGAACGCGGCGCCCAACAACACCUUUCUGGGCGAUCCGUCUGACCCCGGGCUGUUCCCACGCAUCGUGCGUGGAGAAGAGAAGCAGUGGAGAGUUUGGGAAGAUGAAGAGCAUGUGGCCUUCCUCACGCCGUUCCCCAACACGCCCGGACUGACCGUUCUGGUCCCGCGGAAGCCCCUCUCCAGUGACAUCUUCCGGCUGGAGGAGGGCGACUAUCGGCGGCUGGCGCUGGCCACUCGGAAGGUGUCCGGGCUUCUGGAGGCGGGGCUUGGCGCCUGGGGGGUGGGGCUUAUUUUUGAGGGUUUUGAGAUUGAUUACGCUCAUGCUAAGCUGAUUCCGCUCGUCUCUUCGCCUGAUGAAGCGGAGACGAGCCUCAGCUGUCCGGCUCCGGAGUUCUUUGACCGCUAUCCGGGUUACGUGACGUCCGUCAGCGGUCCGCCAGCCAGCAGGGAGAGUCUCCACGAGAUCUGUGCCAGAGUUACCCCGCGCUAACUAGGGUUGCAAAAAGUAAAUUUCGGAAACAAUACAGUAAUUUUGGAAAGUUUCCAGGAUUUUUUUUUUUUUUAAUCUUCCGGGAAUUUUUGGAAAGUUUCCGGAAAUUUACCGGAAAUAUUCCACCCCUUUUCAACCCUAGCGCUAACAGCUUUCUGUCGAUUUAAUCAGCAAUGUUUAUAGGAAUGGCAGAAAUAACUAGUGUUUGACCGAUAUAUUGCCAAGGCCGUUAUAUCAGCCGAUAUUUGACAUUUUUCAAAUAUCGGCAUCAGCCGAAGUGUUCGAGACGGGACUUUUAUUUUGU